CCAAAUUAUUUUAUUUUAAUAAAAUGCAUACAUUACGCCUAUUAUGGGCAGCUAAGACUGAAGAAGAGUGGAAUAGGCGUAAUAAAAGAAAAUUAUGCAGAAAAAAUCAAUAUGAAGAAAUUCCGGACAAUAAUUUUAUAGAUGCAUUUCGUUUGGAUAAAGAAACUUUUAGUCUGCUUUGUAAUGACUUACGUGCCCAUACCUCAUUGCGGGGAACUAAACAUAUUUCGCUCGAGACUAAGGUUCUUUGCACAUUGAGCUUUUUGGCAACAGGAUCUUACCAGCGAAUCGUUGGGGUAACACAAUUUCUACCCCAACGAACUGCAAGUCGCUGUAUAAGGGAAGUCGUAGAAGCGCUCAACAGCGACUACAUGUUAAAUGGCAUACGAUUUCCUCAAACGCAACAAGAACGGCAGGCCCUGAGACAAGAGUUCCAAAGAAGAUUUAAUUUGCCGGGUGUUGUAGGCUGCAUAGAUUGUACGCACGUGGCCAUUGUAAAGCCAGCCAGGGACGAGCACUUAUUUUUUAAUAGGAAAGGAUAUCAUUCCCUUAAUGUGCAAAUGAUUUGUGAUCACAAUCUUAAAAUACUAAAUGUGAAUGCCAAGUAUGGUGGAGCCACGCAUGACUCAUUUAUAUGGGCUUCCAGCCAAGUGGAGCCUUUCAUGCGUGAGCUUCACCGACGUGGGGAGCAAACGUGGCUUUUAGGUGAUUCAGGAUACCCGCAAAGAGCGUGGCUAAUGACGCCCGUUUUGAAUGCCGCUGCUGGAUCACAAGAAGAUAUUUAUACCACGCGACACAUACAAGCCAGAAACUGCAUUGAGCGUUGUUUUGGUGUGUUAAAAGGACGUUGGCGAUGUUUGCUGAACCACCGCACACUCCAUUAUGAUCCACAUGUUGCCAGUAAAAUUGUUACUGCGUGUUGUGUAUUACACAAUCUCACGGUACACGCUCGUCUUCCACCACCUGCUGACGUAACUGAGCAUCAUGGUGAUGAUGAUGGAGUGUCGGUGGACGUUCAGAUUGCCCAUAAUUCGCAAACGGACAUUAUACAUGGCCGAGCAACGCUCAAUGCAUUAAUAAGCAGGCUUUAAUAUGUAUAAAUUUAGCUUUUUUGUUUUACCUCCCAAAACCGAUGGACUACUACACCUAUAAGCCAAGAUCUACAGUAGAUACAACAUGAAAAGUUGAUCCCACUACGUAAAGAAGAUAUUAAUAGAGGAGAAAAAAAACUAUAGUUUCCACUUCCCUCGGUCAAAACAUUGACACCAUGGUGAAUCAAUAAGUGUAAAGAACAAUUUGCUUGAGGUAUGGGCACCUCACAAAGCAGACUAAAAGUCUGUUUAUCUAAACGAAAUGUAUCUAUAAAAUUAUUGUCCGGAAUUUCUUCAAUUUUAUGUUUUCUGUAUGCCUAUAUUCCUUAUUUUACGCCUAUUGGUUUUGUUUAGUUUUAA